UUAGGGUAGGUGGUAGAAACGUCACGAAUGUUUUUGAGAUUUGAUGAUGUGUACCUGCUGAGUGGGUCAGAAAGGCAAUCCUCAAGCUGUCUGAAUCUCCUGAUGUGUAACAAAUGACAUCCUCGUUUUGUUCAAAAACAUGCUCAUUAAUACUGCAAAUCCCAACAGGCACCAGGGUGUGUCCUUGGAUCAUGUGUGCUUUUUCGACCGGUGCAUUUCAUUACCUCUCAGUCAGGCUUAAAUUUUCUCAGAUAGGGUCAAGGAUUGUUGUCUGGAAGUUGGAAGGCAGUGGGGAAAACACCCAAAGGUUCAGCUUAGAAGCUGUGGAGUGUUUGCAUUGUGCAGUGUAACUUGUCACUGUUGGUUUUGCUACUUGAUCUUCCCAGAAUUUGGAACCUGUGACUUUCUAGUUGAGAUCAAAUCAACUGCAAUUUACAUUUUUGGCUAUGUCUGCACUCCUUCACCAACGACUGCGGACCAGUGCAGCUCUUGGGCGAGCCUUCACCAGGUUUAGUUCAUCUGAUAGCAAAGUGAAGAAUGGGCUGGUGCUUUGUGUCUACAAAGAUGGAGAUAAGUGUUCAAUGACAACUGAAACCAAAAAGUUUAAUGAGAGGCUUGGUGGUCGCCUCACAGAGCUGCUUGAAUGUGCCGGCAUCUCGGGAAAGCUGGCCACGCCGCGGCUGCUGUACGGCCUGACUGCCGAGUUCCCUUGCGUGGCCGUGGUCGGGCUCGGCGAGCGCGCCGAGCAGACGGUGGACGACGCUGAGAACGUCCACCAAGGCCGCGAGAACGUCCGCCACGCCGUCGCCAGCGGCGUGACGGCCCUGCGUGACGUCCAGUGCAGUCACGUGACGGUGGAGCCGACCGAGCACGCGGAAGCGAGCGCCGAGGGCGCGCACCUGGCGCUCUGGUCGUACGACGAGCUGAAGGCCGAGGCCGACCGUCAGCGGCCGGUGCAGCUCAGCUGUGCCGGCGGCGACAGUGAGCUUUGGCGCCGUGGUGCCCUGAAGGCUUCCGGACAGAACCUGGCGAGGACACUGAUGGAAGCCCCAGCCAACUACCUGACUCCCACGCUCUUCUGUGAGCGUGUCUCGGAGGCCAUGUCUUCGCUGCCGGUGGAGGUGGUGGUGCGGGACGAGGCCUGGAUCCGUCAGCGAGGCAGGGCCUUCCUUAGCGUGUCGCGCGGAUCGGCCGAGCCGCCGCGCUUCCUGGAGCUGAGCUACAGCGGCGCCGGCGCCGACGCUGCGCCGCUCGCCGUCGUCGGCAAGGGCGUGACGUUCGACUCGGGCGGCAUCUCGCUGAAGCCGGCCAAGAACAUGGACACGAUGCGGGCGGACAUGGGCGGCGCCGCCUGCACGGUGGGCGUGCUGUACGCGGCGGCGCGGCUCGGGCUGGCGGCCAACCUGCGCGCCUUCAUACCCCUCUGCGAGAACAUGCCGGGCAGCCGCGCCACCAAGCCCGGCGACGUCGUCACCGCCAUGAACGGCAAGACCGUGCAGGUGGACAACACGGACGCCGAGGGGCGGCUGAUCCUGGCAGACGCUCUCUGCUACGCGCAGGAGUGCCGGCCGCGCGCCGUGCUCAACAUGGCCACCCUCACCGGCGCCAUCUCUGUGGCGCUGGGCUCGGCGGCCGUCGGCGUGUUCACCAACUCGACCGCCGCGUGGCACCAGCUGCGCGCGGCCGGCACCAACACGGGCGACCGCGUCUGGCGCAUGCCCCUCUGGAAACACUACACCAAGUCGAUGAAGGGCGGGCGGCUGGCCGACCUCAACAACCUGAGCUCCUCGGCACCGGCCGGCGGCUCCUGUACGGCCGCCGCCUUCCUGCGGGAGUUUGUGGCCGAGGAUUUGCCCUGGCUGCACGUGGACAUCGCUGGCACCAUGGAGAACACCACCGAUGUGCCGUACCUGAGCAAAGGCAUGAGCGGUCGGCCCACGCGCACCGUCCUCGAGUUUGCCGAGGCCAUCUGCCGGCAGGGCUCCCGCUAACGCGCGGCCUCGGUCCCAACUGGCAGUUGUGGCGGUGACCGCUGAGCCGCGCCACCCGCGCCGCUGUUUGGUCGUCGGCCAGGAGCAAAUGUGGAGCGGAGCCACAAAGCUCUUGGGCACGCGGAAGCACGCUUUGUGGCUCCGCAUCGUUAGAGCUGCGGUGGGAGGGUGGCUUAGCUGUGCUUUGGAUGCAGUGGAGUGGUUGCAGAUGCCAAACUUGUGGGCAAAUGAUGUGACUGUAUUGUCGAGUUUCUGACAGUGAUCUUCCACGUUUUUCAGGCCGCUUGCGGAUGCCUUGUGAUAUUGAACCAAUAGCAGGGUUGGUGCGUUGGACAUGGUGUGGGAAGUUGUCAAUGGACGACGUUUUGACAAUACGUUUUUAACAGCGACAGGUUUUGUAUAACUAACAGGUCGUGCUCUUGCAACACAUUGAACCCCAUACAAAUAAAGAUUGUACAAAUAAGGAAAAC